AUGCGGGAAGUAAAAGUGGGUGAUACUGUGUUUGACCUAAAUAAUGAUGCUACACCCUUAGCCGGUUACCAAGAAAUAAAACCUAAUGUUUACUCUAAUUUAUAUCCCAGCGAUAGUUCCCAAUAUAAGGAGUUUAAAAAGUCGUUAGAAGAAUUACAAAUCCAAGAUAGUAGUUUGAGUUUAGAAACCAUUGAUUCACAAUUGCUCGGACCUGGUUUCCGUUGCGGCUUUUUAGGAUUAUUACACCGAGAAAUUAUUUGUGAACGACUGCAAAAAGAAUUCAAUUGUGAAAUUAUUAAUACUCCGCCCAGCAUUACCUACCGAAUAACCUUUUUUCAAGGCGAAGUUAUCGAAACUAAUAACCCGCAAAAAAUACCUAGCAAUGAUAAAGUGAAAACUAUUGAAGAGUUAUUUAUUUCACUAAAUAUUACCACACCCGAACAACAUUUAGGAGCCAUUUCUCAAUUAUGUCAAAAUAAACGUGUAGAUAUUUUACUGAAUAAUCAAUUAAUUCCGGACUUAUCCUUUUUGGUUUAUCGCGAUUUUGCUUAUGAACGAGCCAAAGUAAUAUGUGAAAACUUGAAAGAAACCCUAAAUAGGCAGACCUUUACGGUUCCUAUUCAGGCUUGUAUUGGGAAACAAGUAAUUGCUCGGGAAACUUUACCGGCUUUAAAAAAGCAUGUUACCGACUGCCAGUCUAAUUAUGCGGGUUCGAUUCCCGUUAUUCGCUCCAUUGGCGAAUAUGGCGAAGUGGUUAACGCACCAGUUUGUGGAACUGGCACUCGUAAAACCCUACAAGAAUAUUUAAAUUGGAAAUAUCCGACAAGGGAGGAGAGGGAACAGGUGGAGAGGAUUGAUGCUGGCGAAAUCAGACGACUAGAAGGAGGCGAAUUAGAUUUAAGUGAGUAUGUGAAUGUAGGGAGAAUACGUGUUAAUGAAGAUUAUUUAAAAUCCCCCCUAACCAAACUAACCUUGGGAGAAAAGCCAAAAUUAACUUAUCUUGAUUGUUCCUAUAAUCUACUAACUAAUUUAGAUUUAAGUCAAUGUCCUAAUUUAACUGAAAUUUAUUGCUCCGAUAAUCAACUAACCUCCAUCAACUUCUUAAAACAAUUACCUCACCCCGAGAAACUAAAUGAAUUAGAACUUGCCAAUAACAAUAUCGAACCAACUAAUUUAGAGUUUUUACGACCUUUUAUUAAUCUUAAAUACAAACUAACUUUGGGAAAUGACGAACCAGAAAAAUACCGCAACAAUAUCUACAACCGUUUCUAUGGCAGCCUCGAACCGUUAAGGAAUAUGACUAAAUUACCUAGUUUAUGUAUUGAUGGCACUGAUAUCGAUGAGGGAUUAGAGUAUUUACCGGACACUGUCGGAACUAUUAACUGUGACCCCAAACUCCCCAAUCAAAAAGUAGUCAAAAUACAAGACCAACUCCGACCUUACAACUACGACCUUUCAGCCUGA